AUGGACCCCCCUCGAUGCUCGACGCCCGUGGUGGCCAGAUGCCUUGGAGGGCGGGCUCUUGGGGCGUCGCUCCGCGGGGCGGCGAGCGGCGGUGGUCGCCCGCGGAGGCCCGUGCGUCGGCUGGUGGUCGUCGCCGGUGCCGGCGCCGGCAGCGGCGCCGCGCCCGUGUCCAAGACCGGCCUGAGGAAGCUGCCAAAGGCUGAACUUGCCAAACAACUGUCGAACUAUGGUCUGGACAGUUCAGGCACCAAGCCACAACUUGUUGACAGGUUACUGGAGCAUUUGAAAGCAGCUGAUGGUUUGGACGAGAUGUCCAAGGAUGGGCAAGAUGAUCCAAGCAUUGUGCCCACUGAACAGGAGCUCAUCAAAAAGACAAAGGCAGAACUAGUGGAGAUCUGCAAGGCAUCAGGUCUGGCCGUACGGGGAACGAAAGCAGCCCUUGUUGCAAGGAUCUUGGAGCAUGCAGAGGAAUCUCUUCAACCUGACUGGCUUGGUGUGCCCGCUGUGGAUGGUGCGGCCGACCCUGCCAGGGGCCAGGCCCAAGAUGCUGAGCUUGUGACCAAAGAAGAGUAUGCUGCCCAAAGAGAAGAGCUGAAGGCUGCGCUCCUUCAGACGACGAAGGUUCAGCUCCAGCAGAUGUGUAUUGCCCGCGGUCUCAAGAAGAGUGCAAACACCAAAUUGGAGCUUGCUGAGCGCCUCCUGCAGGCGAUGGACGAACAGGAAGAAGAGGAGCUGCGGGAGGAGAGCGAGGCAGAUAUUGCACAGCCCCAGCCCUCUUCACAAAUUGAAGCCCCCCCUGGUGUCACGGUGGAGGAGGGUGAGGAGAUCACCCGAAUCGUGGAUUUCAGGGACCUGACAAAGGAGGACAUGCCUGUGUACAUUGGCGAUAUGAACUCUGAGAUUGACAUUAUAUUGGAGGAGAUGCGCCAAACAUAUGGCAAAUAUCUUACCUCUGCUGGUGGGACAAGUGGGUUUCUGGAGCCCGAGACCGCCUUUCCAGUUGGAGGUGUGGAUGCUGACGAAGGGCCAACCGACGAUGACCUCAGAGCACUGGAAAGUGAGCCAACGGUGCAAGAGUACUCAUCGAGAGGGCCUGACCUGUUAGAGGAGCAGGAUGUUGGUGAUGAUGGUGAAGCAUGGUCUGAACCAGCUUUCGAAGAGCUGGAUGCCCCAGUGAUGGCACAGCCAUCACUGGACACCACUUCCAUUGGAGAUGAAGAUGCACGCCGCGAUGCAACAAUCCGCUUGGAUGAUGACGAAAAUGGGAUUGACGAUGAUGACCUGGAGAGCGAGGGGUUUGGUGUUGUUUCUAGUGAAGGGGUCAGUCCAGACAUUUUAGGGGAGGACUUGGAAGAAGAGGAACAGGAACUCCAGCUAAGGUCGCGUAGGCGCAGCAGGAGACUAGACAGAGAGAGGGAUAUGGAGGCCAAGCUCCUAGAUUUGAGUGGGCUCAAGGAGGAAUACCCAUAUGAUGACGACGAACUUGAGAAAAUGGUCGAUGCGUCCUAUUUGCAAGAGUCUGAUGAGGAUGAGGAAGAUGCUGAUGAGGAUGUUGAUGAGGAGGACAUCGUGGAUGGCAUGUUAGAUGCAGAAUUCGCCGAUGCGGAGGGUGAUGGAUUGAGGAUGGACGACCUUGAGGAGGACAGUAAAGAUGCUGUCCCUUUGAGCGGGACACAGUUGGAUGUUGUUGAAACUGUGACCAGUGCAGUGGCUGGGGAGGAGGCUGGCCUUGAGACUCUGGAGGAGGCCCUCAAACUGCUGCCAGAAGACGAUGCAGAGGUCAAGAGUACCGAAGAAGAUGCUUCAACAAGUGAAGCAGCGAGUGCUGUUCCCGAUCUGAGUUCACCUGUGGCACCAACGUUGGGCGAUCGUGAAAUGGAGACAUCGGAUAAGCCUGAAUUAUCUGCUUCUGCAGUUGAAGAGGCUGGGAUGGUUGCUGGCGAUGCAUCACCAAGUGAUGCACCUCCCCAGGCUCCUGAAGAACGUGAUGGUGGCGGCUCCAUUCCUAGCGCAGUGUCAGAAAGUGAAGCUUUGAGCGAAGUUGAUGAACCUGUGAAUGGCACCAUUCUGUAUGAAUCUCCAGCUGCAGCUGAAGAGGUGGAGGAAGGAGGGGGGGGGACCCAGCCCAGCACUGAUAUGCCCGCGAAGGGUGGUGUUACUUAUCAAUCUCCAACUCCCGUGGAAACUGAGGAUGACUCUCCAGCUGAGAUUUUCAAAGAAUCUCCCACUGCAGCAGAAACUGUGGAAGGCUCUCAAACUUCGGUGGGAACAUUGGAAGAAUCUUCAAUUUCAGUAGACAGAGUGGAGGAGCCACAAAUUUCAUUGGAAACUGCUGAAGAGCCCCCAGCUGCUGCCAAGCCUUUGGAUGCUGAGAAAAGUUUGGCAACCUCUUCUCAACUGGAAGCCACAGAGGAGCUAUCAGCUGCUGCCAAAUCUGCUGCAGGUGUAUCAGACGCCGCCACUCUUCAGGCCGAAGUCGUUCAAGGGAAGAAAAUGAUCGAGACCCUUCAAGAGCAGAUAUCAGCCCGCAAGGAGGCCCUAACACAGAUGCAGGAGCGCAUCGAGGCUGCAGAGUCGACCCAGCAGUACACUGUGGCCCAGAUGGAGCGAUUGCUGCUCGUGGCAGAAAACUUGAAGACCCAGAGGACGGACUGGCAGAGCACUAUGCGAGGGAAGGUGGACUCCCUCAAGGAAGCUGCCCAAAGAAUCCACGAAACUGAGCAGACCAAGGCAGCCCUGGCAUCGAAUCUGGACGAGCUUGAGGAGCAACUGCAAGAUCUUGAGAAGCAAGCAAAGGAAAAAGACAAAGAGGCAGAGAAACUGAAAGAAGCAAUCAACAGUCAAGAGCCAGAGGAUGAGGAAGAGCAAAAGGACGAGGAAGAGGAAGAGGCCUCAAGCAGUGCAGGAGUCUCUGAAGGCUCCUCAAAUGAGGGCAAAGGAUCAGACAUGACGCCAGGGGUUGCAAUGGCAGCUGGCGUGUUGGGUUUCUUGGACAUCGUGAGCAGCAUAUUUGGAGACACACCAAAGAAGGGCUCAAAGGAGAGAAGAAAAAGUGAGGAGGAGGACAAGAAUGAAGAUUCGUAG